UAUUGGACAGCCGGGAUGUAAAGAAGUCACUAGCAAUGCCAUCGCAAUGUUAUCUGAAUGGCAUUAUUGUCAAAGAAAUUAUCGCGGCUUCACCAUAUACUUCAUACUGGCAUGUGCCGAAAAUUUGGAGAUUCCUUAUUUCCUUACACAGUGGAAUACAUUGUGGGUUUCGUCUGGCUCGCCUGGUUCGGACUUAAGGAGCCGCAGUUUAUACAAAACCCGAAUAUCCACCAACACUUAUUUAAUGUCCGAGUAUGCUGAACUAUUCGUGGAAAUUUUGAACCAGUAUAACUGGACUUCCAUAACAGUUAUCAUUGACAGCAGCUCUCCUCCGUUUCAUUUUACGUUAGCAUCAACGUUUCUGAACAUUGUCAAGUACGAGAAACACAUCGUUAGCAUAGUGAGGAAUAUAGAGACAAAAGCAGGUUCUUUCACUGGCUUUCAACCGAUUCUCGACAACGUCCGUGCUACAAGCAGAGUGGUACUUUACUUUGGAGGUGAACCGGGCUUGCAGGACUUUCUGCCAUAUAUCCUUAUUCUCAGCAGCUACAUGACCGUCUUUGCAAUAGCAGAGGUCAUCAACGAUACAAUAGCUUUGGGCAAAAGACCUGACUGGAGCGGUGUCGCAUUAGCAAAGCGUUUAUCAAAUCGAACAUUUAACGACGACUUUGGCCACAGCAUGUAUUUAGACAGCGAAGGGCAGAGGCGCAGUGACUUCGUGGUAUCUUUUUUCAACGCUAACGGGAGUCGCGAGGUCAGUACGGUUCAACCGCCGUUCUGCAAUGGCAAUUUUGUCGGAAAACACUUGCUCCUGCUUUUGUAUGUGCACAGCCGUUGUUGUACAAAUUCGGCCAAACAGGAGUUUUAA